AUGGAAGCUAAAAGGCUUAUCUCCCUUCUCUUUCUUUCUGUUCCUUUUCUUUCUUUCUUUCUUUCUCCUACCUUCCUUUCUUUCUCUUCCCUUUCUUUAUUUUUCUUGCCUUUCUUCCUUUCUCUUCCCUUUCUGUCUCUUGCUUUUCUUUCCCUUCUGUUUCUUUCUUUCUUUCUCUUCAUUUUCUUUCUUUCUCUUUCUUCCUUUCCUUCUCUUGCCUUUCUUACUUUCUCUUGCCUUUCUUUCUUUCUUUCUUUCUUUCUUUCUUUUUCCUUUCUUUUUCUUUCCUUUCUUUCUCUUUCCUUUCUUUCUUUCCCCACCCUUUCUUUCUUUCUCUUCCUUUUCUUUCUCUUCCCUUUCUUUCUUUCUUUCUUUCUUUCUUUCUUUCUUUCUUUUACCUUUCUUUAUUUAUCUUCCCUUUCUUCACCUAAAACCAAACAGCGUCUUCGUUAUAUCUUUUCUUCCGUAAUCAAUCAGGAACAGCCAUUUUUUUUAUCUAAGGCAAUGGCUAUGCGUACCAUGCGUGCUAAAUAA